AAGCAAUCACCGCUACACCCUGUGCGCCAUGGCCGGCCACAUGCCGAGGGUCGUGGCGGCUCGUCGGUGGCUAUGCCGAGGCCGCGUGCCGCCGUGGCUGGGCGAGGUCUCUCCGGAAGAGCUCUUGCGGAACGCGACUGUGGAGGAGGCGGCGGAUGAAGAGCAGGAGGUGUCGAGGCGCGAGCGGCGGGCCCCGGAAGAGGGCUCCGUGCUGCUGUUCCCCGGGCAAGGCAGCCAGCGCGUGGGCAUGGGCAAGGAGCUGCUGGGCUGCCCGGCCGCUCGCGAGCUCUUCCGAGUCGCCGAGCGCGUGCUGGGCUACGACCUGCUGGACUUGUGCUUGAGUGGCCCGCCCGCCCAGCUCGACCGCACGGUGCACAGCCAGCCCGCCGUCUUUGUCUGCUCGCUGGCCGCCGUGGAGAAGCUGCACCAGCAGCAACCCGCGGUAAUUGAGAAUUGUGUUGCAGCCGCUGGAUUCAGCAUUGGAGAAUAUGCAGCUCUGGUUUUUGCAGGAGCUAUGGAGUAUGCAGAAGCUUUAUAUGCAGUAAAGGUACGUGCUGAAGCCAUGCAAGAGGCAUCAGAAGCUGUUCCAAGUGGAAUGCUGUCUGUCAUUGGCCGACGUAAUUCAGAUUAUGUUUCUGCCUGCGUAGAAGCUUCCCAGCAUUGUAAAUCAGUGGGCAUAGAAGAUCCUGUAUGUGAAGUUUCAAACUACCUGUUUCCUGAUGGCAGAGUCAUUGCAGGCCAUUUGCAGGCUCUGGAGUUUUUGCAACAAAAUGCCAAAAAAUACUCAUUUGCACGUGCGAAAAUGUUGCCAGUCAGUGGAGCUUUUCAUACUCGACUUAUGGAGUCAGCAGUUGGGCCUUUAUCUGAAGCCCUCGAAUUAAUCAGCAUCCAAAAGCCUCUCGUCCCUGUUUAUUCAAAUGUGACCAGCCAGAGAUACAUGCAGCCAAAACAGAUCAAGAAUUUGUUAGCAAAGCAGCUUAUUUCACCAGUGAAGUGGGAACAGACGAUGCAUGCCAUGUAUGAGAGGAGAAAAGGAGUAGGGUUUCCUUUCACUUAUGAGGUAGGGCCUGGUGGACAGCUUGGAAUGAUGCUCCAAAAGUGCAAUGUGAAGGCCUGGAAAUUCUAUAAAACUGUUGAUUUUUUUGAAGAUGAGGAAACAGAAGAAACAUAGAGAUAUUGGCAAGAAAAUGUUUUUAUGGUAGAUUCUGCUGCUGCCAUACUAAAUGUUACAUAAGUCCUUGUUUGCAGAGGAAUGUCAAUUGGGCUGCUGUAAGCAGUCACCAACCGACAACAGGAGAACUGAUAGAAGACAUCCCAUCUCCAGGCAGAGCUGGGCACGGAAGCUGUGCAGUUAAGUUGCAUGCUCCCACCAACAAAAGGAGCGUCAAACGGGUCCUGGUUCUUCAAGCUGAAAAGGUUGCCCACAGGAAGCCUUCAGUGCAAGACUUUAGAAACCUGGUAUGUGUACAUUUAACUGACAUGUUGAUCAUUUUAAAUAAACCUAAGACUUGUGAUGA